CAUCCGACUCGAUCCGGACCCAACGCGGCGCCUCCCACUCGUACCGACCCACCGCCCUUCGCCCUCAUGUCCUCCUCCGCCGGCGACGGCCUCGCGCCCCCAUCGUCGGCGUCCAAGGGCAAGGCAAGGAUGGACGACGACGCCGAGGCCGAGGCCGUGGCCUUGGCGCCCGAGGGCGUGCCCUGCGGCAUCUGCUUCACGGACUCGUGCCGGGCGAUCCGGGGCGAGCUCGACUGCUGCGCCCACCACUUCUGCUUCGUCUGCAUCAUGGCCUGGGCGCGCGUCGAGUCGCGCUGCCCCUUCUGCAAGGCGCGCUUCCACACGAUCCGCCGCCCGCCCGUCCCCGGCCGCCUCCCCUCCGAGCGCAUCGUCAACGUCGCCGAGCGCAACCAGGUAUACCAUCCUCGAGGCAAUGUGAGUAGCGUGGUGAGCACUGAUCCUUACGUGAACAGCGGCUGCAGCGUGUGUAACUGCUCCAGUGAUGAGGACCUGCUGCUCCUCUGCGAGCUGUGUGAUGCGGCUUCACACACGUACUGCGUGGGGCUAGGGACCACUGUGCCAGAGGGAGACUGGUUCUGCAAGGACUGUGAAACAUCCAAGGAGGAGCACUCGAGGUGUCAGAUCGAGGAUGGUGGGUCUAGUGAUCAGGGUGAAAUUGAAAUCACCAUUGAAGUUCCAACUGCUGAGCCAGUUACAGAACCUUCCGCUUCUGAUAUUGUGGAGGAGGGUUCCUCUCUGAGUUCAGUGCGCCGCACAAAUACGAGGAGCAGUGGGACUACCAUUGAAGUUCCAACUGCUGAGCCGGUUACAGAACCUUCCGUUUCGGAUAUUGUGGAUGAGGGUUACUCUUUGAGUUCACUGCGCCGCACAAAUAUGAGGAGCAGUGGGACUACCAUUGAAGUUCCAACUGUUCAGCCAGUUACAGAACCUUCCGUUUCGGAUAUUGUGGAUGGGAGGUACUCUUUGAGUUCACUGCGCCGCACAAAUACGAGGAGCAGUGGGCCUAUCCCAGUUCCGUCUAUUUAUGAUAAUGUGGAUGAAGAUUACGGGACAAUUCCAGUGCAUGGGACAAAUGCACAAAGCAGUGGGUCUUUCCCAGUUCCUUCUGUUUAUGACAUUGUGGAUGAGGAUUACGAAAUAAAUCCAGUGCGUAGGACUAAUACGCGGAGCACUAGACCUGAUAGAAAUGCCAAUGGUUUGCCAUCACAGGGUACUUCUUCUGAUGGAUCUUCUUCUCAUGAAUCUCCUCAAGGGCGAGGCACUGGUCGUGCAGUGUUGCAUGCCCAUGCUCGCUUUGGAACUGAGAGAGCUAGAACAUUUCGUAAUUCUCGCAAUCUUAGUAACCGUAUAAUGCUGCUGCGUGAGAACUGGCCUGCUCUCCGUGCAGGUUCUGCAGGAUUUGCCACACAUUUACACAACAAUAGUGGUAGUUCUUCUGUUAAAGAGCAUCAGCAGUCUGUGGCACCUCCGCCUAAGGAGACCCGUCAUGUCAAUAAGGCAUGGAAAAUGUUGGAAAUUGCAAAGUCUGCUGGUGGAAGGAAGAAAUGUGACGGGCCUUCCUCCCUAGACUGCACUCCUCGAUUCUCUAUGGGAAACAGGUCAACUUCAUUCAGCCCGAUUGAUACAAUCUUAGGACAGAAGAAGCAGAGACUUUCUCCUACCGUGACACAGAGAGACACUAUGAACUUUGAACGUGGUGCAAAAAAUGAUAAUAUACUGCCCCGGAAGGAUGUUGUAGGGCACUGCGACUUGCCUGGGAAUCGCCAUGUAUUAGUUCGUGAAAGGAUGGGUUCAUUCCAGAGCAGAAUGACAAAUCAGGAAAGUCCAAAUGGUAAAGUUGCCCCGUCAAGCCAUAGUCAACAUGUUGAUCAGAGACCAGAAUCUUCGUGUGGCGGUAAAGUUGCCUCAUCAAGCCACAGACAACAUGUUGAUCAAACAUUGGAAUCUGUGCGUGGCCCGCUUGGAUCAGGGAAACCUAAAACGGAUGCGCUGCAUCCAUCUGCAAACAGUCUAUCAUCCGGUCGUCCCACGGUGAUCUCUCCGCUACAAAUCGUGUUGAGCGCUGGGAGCCAAUCUGGUGCAAAGGUAAACCCUGAGGAACCUUCAGGCGUUCGUGCUGCAGCAUCCAAUGAAAUUGGUACCGUGGCACCAACAGUUGAAGUUAGAAAAAGUUCUGGACCAGACCGUGGUGAGUCCAAGAGAAAACAUCGUUCUGGAACGCGUGAUGAUCAAGGAUCCAAAAAACUGAGGGUAAACCCUGAGGAACCUUCAGCCGUUUGUGCCACAACAUCCAAUGAAAUUGGUACCGUGGCAGCAACAGUUGAAGUUAGAAAAAGUUCUGGGCCAGACCGUGAUGGAUCCAAGAGAAAACAUCGUUCUGGAACACGUGAUGAUCAAGGAUCCAAGAAACCCAGGAAGAGCGGUAAACUUGCAAAAAGUGAAAUAUCAUGCUUGGCCAUGCUUGAGUUGAAGCUACUCAAGACAGACAAAACCUACGGUUCCGACAGAUUCAAGGAGGUUGCUCGAGCAGCAACACACACCGUGUUGGCUUCCUACGGACUGGAGCAUACUCCAUCAGUAGCCCUGGCGCUCCCCAAACCGGUUUGCAAGCACAGCUGCAGAACCGGAGCUUCCAAACCGUCAGCGAUAGCCAACACCUGCAAGGAAUGCUUGCAUGGUUUCGUGAAGCAAGCCAUCAGUUCGGUGUUGGCCAGCAAGCAGAUGGAUCAAACUGCUGCCUCUCGCUAGGGUUUAGACAGUGUCUCAAAUUGUCUUUUGCAGUUGUGUGAGGAAAAAUUCUUUUGUUUUAGCUAGUGCAUAGACAGAUGUUGUAUGUACAUUUCUGUGGCGUUUUUUGGGGUUUCCUAGCUGUGUAGUGGUUGCUAGGCCUAGUCCAUGACAAGGAACAUAGUACUUGAAUGUGUUUCAACCAAGAAUAAUAACAAAAGAAACAUAGUACUUGAAACAAUGGUUGCUGGUUUAUAUGAGGCAAUGGUUGGUGCG